UGGGACUAACCAAAAUUUGAUUCUCCUCUCGUACCUGCGCAAAAAUUUAGUUACACAAUAAAUUUCAUCUUUUAUUAAAUUAUGGCAAUGGAGAAAGUCCAGACUCAUAGACCUGGAAUAUUUAAACAAACGAAUAAAGAACACAAGCAUGGAAGACACCGCUCGAAAGGCUCGAUUAGUAUAGCUAAUAAGGGCAAAACUUCGGUGAAGAUUAUUUCAAAAAGGAACAAAUCUACUCUCAACAGGGAGCAAAGGCGUAAUCAGGCAUUGCAAAUCCGUCAGAAAAAAAGAGAUGAGGUAUUGCUCAAAAGACGGUCUCUGGGUGAGAUUGAUUCUGCCCCUUUCUUUGUAUGCAUUAUCCCUUUGAAUAAAGAUUUUGACACGGAAACCGCCGUAUCUAUUUUGACCAAGUGCGAUGAAGAGGCAUCAGUUAAAAAAAGUUCCACAGGAGUAAUUCAUGUUUCUAUUCCACGGUUCAAGAAGAAAGUUUCCUUUGUCGUGCCUCAGAAGGAUAAUUACUUCUCAAUUCUUGAUUGCCUUAAAGUAGCAGAUACAGUCCUAUUUUUGGUUUCUGCAGUUUUUCAAGGAGAUGAUAAUCUAAUUGUCGAUGAUUGGAGAGAUAGUAUUUUGACAGCAUGUUUUGCCCAAGGUCUACCAACACCAAUAUUUGCCCUGACUGAUUUGGAGAGUAUAGCACCUAAAAAGAGGCAUGAUUGUAAGCAAACUGUUCAAAAAUUUAUUGAUAAGUUGCUUCCUCAUGAGAAAUUAAUGACUUUGGAUAAAAAUGUUGAUGGAAUAAAUAUUUUGCGCAGAAUAUGCAACCAGAAGAAACGGACAUUGCACUUUAGAGACAAUAGGCCACAUUUAUAUGCUGAAGAAGUGGAAUAUAUACCGGAUCAGCAAGGUGCUUUGGGUAAAUUAAAGGUAACUGGCUAUUUGAGGGGAAAAAAUUUAUCUGUUAAUCAAUUAGUUCAUAUACCACUCUUGGGAGAUUUCCAAAUGUCUCAAAUUGAUGCUGCCAAUGGUCCAAAUAAAAUAGAUAAAAAUAGAAAUAGAGAUAGCAAAAUAACAGAUUCAGCCAGUACAAUGAUCAAAGUGCUAGAAAAGUCUGAUAUAGCGAAGCAAGAAUCAUUGGAUUCAGAAAACAUACCUGACCCAAUGGAUGCUGAACAAACAUGGCCUACCAAGGAUGAUUUUGAUAUGGCUGAAAAAGAACAAAAGUUCAGAAAGGUAAAGAAAGCUCCUGAAGGUUGGUCAGACUAUCAAGCUAGUUGGAUUCCUGAUGAUGAUGCUGAAUUUCAACUAGAUGAAGGUAGUGAAGAAGAAGAGGGGUCACACGAGGACUACAUGGAUGCAAGAUCCGAAGAGGCUUCUGAAAAAUCUGAUGAUAAUGAAGAAAAAGCAUUGGAUACAGUUACAGAAUCAGAUAUAGUCAUCAGUGAUGAGAAAUAUGAUAAAGAGAUGGAUUUUUAUGCCGAAAGGGAGGAUCUAGAGAAAUUGAAAGCUGCACAAAGCGAUUUGAUGUUUCCUGAUGAGGUUGACACACCCCAGAAUCAACUAGCUAGAGUUAGAUUUCAGAAAUAUAGAGGCUUGGAAAGUUUUAGGACAUCCCCGUGGGAUAUCAAACAGAAUCUGCCAAGUGAUUACGCUAGAAUAUUUAAAUUUGAAAAUUUUGACCGAACCAGAAAAAGAAUGUUAAAAAAGCAGAGAGAGGACGGCGGCGUUCUGCCUGGUUGGUAUGUUACUGUCCACAUAAGCAAUGUCUCCCAGUUGAUGUGGUCAUCUUUUGAACGGACCAGAUCGCCGCUGAUUUUGAUUGGUCUUUUCCCACAUGAACACAAAAUGUCUGUGCUAAAUGUGGUUUUAAAACGGACACAUGAUUACCCUUUUGCAAUCAAGUCAAAGGAAAGGUUGGUCUUCCAGUGUGGCUUUAGGAGAUUCGCUGUCAAUCCCAUAUUUAGCCAGCAUACCAAUGGUGGAAAACACAAGUUUGAAAGAUUUUUUCAACCGGAAUCAGUAACGGUCGCAACAUUUUACGCCCCGAUAAUGUUUCCGCCAGCUCCAAUUUUGUGCUUCAAGGAAGUCUCCGGAAAACUUGUAACAGUGGCGACAGGCAGCUUAUUGUCUUGUAAUCCAGACAGGUUGAUUAUCAAGAGGCUAGUUUUGUCAGGGCAUCCCUUAAAAAUAUACAAACGAUCUGCCGUGAUACGAUUCAUGUUUUUUAAUCGGGAGGACAUUCUCUAUUUUAAACCAUGUAAGCUGAGGACCAAGAUGGGACGAACGGGUCAUAUUAAGGAACCUCUUGGCACUCACGGACACAUGAAGUGUGUUUUCGAUGGGCAACUAAAGUCUCAGGAUACUGUACUUUUGAAUUUAUAUAAGCGAGUGUUUCCAAAAUGGACAUAUGAGGAGCUGUUGGUGAACUGCACAAAUAGUGAUAGCAUGGACACGUAGGACAUCCUAAAAUUGAGCAUGAACUUUAAAGUUUGACACAAAAUUUUGAAU